UCUUAAAAAUAAAUAAAUAAAAAAGCUCUGUCUUGAACCCUUAGGCCUGGUGACCUAACCCUGUCUCUUUUUAAAGGGUCAUAAAACACACACACACACACACACACACACACACACACACACACACACACACACACACACACACACACACACAAAAUAACAGAUAUGUACAGGUUGCACAUCAUUGUAAACAGGGUUGGGGAGUAACGGAAUACAUGUAACGGGAUUAAGUAUUUAAAAUACAAAAUAUAAGUAACUUUAUUCCACUACAGUUACAAUUUAAGUCAUUGGUAAUUAGAAUACAGUUACAUUCAAAAAGUAUUUUGAUUACUGAAGAGAUUACUUUGCAUUUUAUUGUCAUUUGUUUAAUUUAAUAUUUAGUCCUUUCAGAUGGAAAACAUUUAUACAUAUAAAUGACGCGAUCCAAAGUGCAUUUGAACAGCGGUGAAACACUUUCUUAUGAUGUGUUACAUUCAUACGAGCAGACAGAGAAGUAAGUUUGGAGCAGCAAAAAUAGAAAUAAACUUUGCGUAAAUUGUCAUGGGAAUAUUAGGUUUAUGCUAAGGUAAAAUGCUUUUUCUAGCCAUUUUACAUGCACCUGUUACCAGGCUUGAUUAUAUAUAUAUAAAAAAAAAAAUAAUAAUUUGUUUUCUGUAGUAAGACCUUUGAUAUUAGAGCAAAAAGUCUUGUUCUUAAUGAUACAUUUUUUUUAAUGUUUUUCUGUAAGAAUAUCUAAAAUUUCUUUAUCUUGUUUUAGAAACAACACUUCAUAAGACAUUUAGGUUUUUCAGAGAAUGUAUUUUUAACGUGUAUUUUGUCUUACUGUACUGCCAGAGUUUUUAUAGUCAAAACAAAUGAAAAAAAAUCUACCAGUGCUGAAGAAGUAAUCCAAAGUAUUUAGAAUACGUUACUGACCUUGAGUAUUCUAACGGAAUACAUUACAAAUUACAUUUUACAGCAUGUAAUCUGUAAUCAGUGGAAUACAUUUCAAAAGUAACCCUCCCAACCAUGAUUGAAAUCAAUAUUAGCACUCAUUAUGUUUAUUGUUAGGUGUAAGUUGUUUUUUCAUUUUAUUGAGCCAUUUCAUUCUUCUGAUCUAAAAAAACGAAAGUUGAAGCAGUCACAUAAAACGAAGUAAAUGCGUAAACUAGGAUUUAUGAUUGGUAGGACAGUACACAUGUACGUCAGUAGAUUCUGAGCAUUUAUUCAUGAGAAGGAACACUUCCAUCCAGUCACAGCGCUGCCUCAUGGAUGAUCUCACAUUACAGCGGAGAAUUCAAAAUACAAGCUCAAUAACAGAGCAGAUAUGAGAGAAGUCCAUAACCGGACCAGCGUGAGUGUUUCUUAGCUCCAGACAUGAGGAGAGGCUUGUUUAGACAGAGUGCUGAUUCCAUCGCUUCUUGUCGAUGUGUCUGGUAAUGGACAGGAUAACACGACAGCUUGUUCAAAAACAGAAGACAAUGAUGAAAACUGAAAACUCAUGAAAAGUCAUGUCAGCUCUCUUAUUUGUUUCCUUCACAUGGGGCGAAAGUUCGCAGGAUUUACGCCUACAUGGUUUACCGACAAUAUGUCGUCAUGACAAGGGAGUUACUUACAGAGACAAGGUUAGUAGGCAAUUUUAUCAGACUUGAGUCAUGUUAACAUGCAUGAUGCUUAAGUAUUUUGGUUAUCCUUUUGAAAAACGGUGUGUAUUUAAUAGGGAUGUGCAAAACUACCAAUUUUCAUAAUUAAUCGUUCUGUUGUUUGAACGACUAGUCGACUAGUUGGUGAUAAUAAAAUAUAAUGUAUGAGGGAGCCUGGGUAGAUCAGCGAGUAUUGACGCUGAUUACCACCCCUGGUGUCACGAGUUCGAAUCCAGGGCGUGCUGAGUGACACCAGCCAGGUCUCUUAAGCAACCAAAUUGGGCCGGUUGCUAGGGAGGGUAGAGUCACAUGGGGUAACCUCCUCGUGAUCGUGAUUAGUGGUUUUCGCUGUCAAUGGGGCACGUGGUGAGUUAUGUGUGUAUCACGGAGAAUAGCCCACAUGCUGUGAGUCUCCGCUUUGUCAUGCACAACGAGUCAUGUGAUAAGAUGUGCAGAUUGACGGUCUCAGAAGUGGAGGUAACUGAGACUUGUCCUCCGCCACCCGGAUUGAGGUGAGUAACCGCACCACCAUGAGGACCUACUAAGUAGUGGGAAUUGGGCAUUCCAAAUUGGGGAGAAAAGGGGAUCAAAAUAAUAAUGAUAAUGUCUUAUUGCACAAAACUAUCAUUGUAAAAAAAAAAAAAUACAAAAAUAAGAAAGGCUUCAAUACAGAGUGGCACAAAAUCAUUUAUGCGCAUCUUGAAUGCACAAUGAUGCGCUUCAAUGUAAACCGAUAGCUUGGGAGUUUCAAGGCGUUCCUCGCUGCGCAGUGCACACUCAAAAGCGUGGAACUGCAGUAUAACACGGGUACAUAUCUAGUUCAUGACAUUAGGCAGUUUAAACAUAUUUUACUGCAACUAUUAAUUUAAGCAGUUUCAGACAGAAUCAGCAAAAGACUUUAAUCUCUUCAAAGCACCUCAAAUAUGAGAACAUUACUCACAGCAGAGGAUUAAAUGUCCUACAGUGAUCAUCUUGUAAUGUUUUGUUGAUGAGGCGCUUUGCUGUAACAGCAGCGGUGCAUAAAUGGACUAAACGUAAAGCAUUAAAGAGACGAAAGUCCUUGCAGAGGGUUUUACUGCAGACUGUUAUUCACUUUUAAGCACAGCGAGCUAUAAUCACGCAAAAACACUCUCUGAGAAGUUGCGUCUCUCAAUUAAUUUGAGAAUUGUGUCUCCCAUUAAAACCCACCACCACUAAAAAUAUUAAUGUUAUUAGUCAAACCCACUAAUCGAUUAGUCAGUUGUUGGACAACUAGUCGAUUAGUCGACCACCUUGGCACAUCCAUAGUAUUUAAUGUUAUGUGUAAUUGACCCGUUUUCAUUGUAUGUGGCUUACUGCACGCAAUUUUGUACUUUAGAAAAAAAGAGGGAUGAAUCUUAAUAAUUUUCUGUGGUAAUCAACAUUAUGCCACAAAUGCUGUCAAUAGUUUAACAUGUAUUAACCCAAAACACUCCUUGUAAGAAUAAAUAUCUUUGAAUUACGGAUGUGCCAUGGUGGUCAACUAAUCAACUAGUCAUCCAACAACUGACUAAUCGAUUAGUGGGGUCGACUACUAACAUUAAUAUUUUUGAUCAAACCUCCACAGAGUCUCUGACUUCUGUCUGUAACACUGGAGAACAGCAGAUGCUGCAGAUACCAGUGAAGAUUGAAGUGAAACAGGAGGAGAUAAAAGAAGAAAAUGCACUAGAGGAACAACAGAGUGAUGAAGAUUAUGAUGAUUUUUUUCCUCCAGAGCUGAUGAAGGGGAUAAAGGAACGUCGAGAACUGAAUAAGCUGAAUGAAGAGGAGAAACUUCAGUAUCAGAAACAUCAUGAUCAUGAUUUCAGAACUGGAGAAAAAUCUUUGUGUGGCUCAAAGACUAAUUUCUCACCAAAAAAGCAUCAAGGAACAACCAAAAGUCCUAUCACCUGCUCUCAGUGUGGAAAGAGUUUCAUGCGUAAAAGCAAGCUUAUCAUGCACAUGAGAGUUCACACAGGAGAGAGACCUUACACGUGCCAUCAGUGUGGGAAAAGCUUUCUUUAUAAAGAACAGCUUUAUGUACACAUGAAAAUUCACACAGGAGAGAGACCUUACAUGUGCCAUCAGUGUGGGAAAAGUUUCGCAUUUGCUUGUCAACUCAAAAAUCAUCUCCGCUGUCACUCUGUAGAAAGACCAUUUAAAUGUGAUAAGUGUGGUAAAACGUUUGUUGUGGCACAUUAUCUGAAAAAUCAUCUGAAAAUACACACAAAUAAGAAGCUUUACAAGUGUACUUUUUGUGGAAAGAGUUAUUCGCACCUGUCCUAUUUUAAAAUGCACCAGAAUAUUCAUACCGGUGUAAGGGCUCAUGUGUGCUUUGAAUGUGGAAAGACCUUUAUGACAGCUGGCACCUUGAAAAAGCACCAAAUAAUUCAUACUGGAGAGAAACCUUACAAGUGCUCACACUGUAGGAAGAGUUUCACUCUGUCACAAAACCUGAAAAAACACGAGAGAAUUCAUACUGGACAGAGAUCAUACCACUGCUCUUCAUGUGGGAAAAGUUUCAGCACAAUAAGUAAUCUACGUAGACAUGUAAAAAAUAAUUGUAGUCACAGUGAGCAAAAUUAUCUUCAGGUCCAACGAGAUCAAGUAAAUAGUUGGAAAUUCAGAUAAACCCAAAGAUGGAAUUUCUCCCAAUAGAGCAGCAUCGUCUAAGAGUAUAACAAAGAACAUUUGAGGAAGGACUUUGCAUUAAUUGAGAACUUGUGUAUAUACAGUACUGUGCAAAAGUUUUCUGCACUUCUGAAAAAUGUUGUGGAGUAAGGAUUUUUUAAAAUGUCAUGAAUAGUUUUUAUAAAUUUGAUCAAUUAAUUUCUGGUGAAUGAUGAAAGAUGUUUUUCUUUUAUUUUGCUUUAGUUAUGGAAUAUUCUUAUGAGGCAUCACUUAUAAUCAGUUAUGAAAUCUUAUUCAUAUAUGCACAUUACUGUACUCAUUUAAAUAUACAUUCAUUUUAUCAAUGUAUUCAAUAUGUGUGUUAAGUUAUACAAGUUACUUGUGUUGACCUUGGUGGUCCCUAGAGGCCUCUCAUCCUAUGUAGACACCUAAAGAUAUGAUAAGUUUACAUUUCUCUUAUCGAAACACUUUGUGUUUUAUACAAACUAUACAAUUCUAGGAAAUAGAUGCCUUUACCACUUUGCAGCAUUUUGCUGAAAUCUGUAAUUUAGGAUGUGCAUCUGCAGAUGUGGGUUUUUUCUACUAUUUCAUCGCACCUAACCACAAUUUUACACCUCUUUAUACAGAACAAUGUGACCAAGUCACUGACCGUUCCUUUUAGGGUAUGCUCUUAGCUGACUUAUUGCUUUCGUGCACACCACUAAGAAUAAACAAAGUAUGCCCCCUUUAUGCUUUCCACCUGAAAAUUAUCAUAUCCAUUUCCUUAACGUGUUUGGCAGACACUUUUAUUCAAAGCGACUUACAGUGCACUUAUUACAGGGACAAUUUCCCUGGAUCAACCUAGAGUUAAGUGCCUUACUCAAGGACAAAGUGGUGGUGGCGGCUCUGGGGGUUGAACCGGCAACCUUCUGCUUAUCAGUUCUGUGCUUCAGCCCCCUACAUCACCACCACUCCACUUCGUUUACUCAUCGUCACACCUGCCUACUUGGGCAGGUGCCCAGGGUGGUGAUGCCUUGUCCCUGCUGGCCAAAAAAAGAGCCUUGCCCAUCGUGGGGUCAUCACCUCAUGCCACUGGUUUUACAACUCUAUCACCAUAGGCAAUUCUUUAUCAUAUGGUCCCUCUCUAAUUUGGUACUAUGUAAAAUAUACUUUCUUGGGUUGGGAAGAGGGGCACUCUUGUGUGCAUGAGUGUGGUUGUGUAGUGUCUUUUCUUUGUGUCAUGAACAAGGUCCAUGUCUUUGUGUGUGUGUUUUCCAGCCAUUUUUGUAAGAAUACGUGUUUCUAGAAGGACUGUGGUUGCAAGUCCAUUUGUUCCAUUUGUACAGGCUCAUUUAGUGAUUUUUCUGUAUUUUUCUUGCCUGGAGUUCUCUAAUACAAGUUCCAGUCUCUGGGCUUCUUCUCAGAGUUCUCUAAUCUGAGGUGGUCCUCUAGUUCUACUGGGUCUUUCUUGUCUGGAGUUCUCUUAUCAGAUGUGGUAUUAUGGGCUUCUCUAUGUUUCAGGCCAGGAAGUCUCCUCUAGAUUUCUGGUUUGUGUUUCCUCUUUUCUUUGAGAACUCUGGCUCCUCUGGUUCUACUGGCCUUCUUGUCUUCCCCAUGAUUGGACCAUCUUUCUCCAGGAGGUUCCACAUUUCAGACAAACAUCUCAGUGCUUGUUUCUGAAAUGAGAACUGAAAGAAGAGGUUGCCUCCCCUUUCCCCAGAAGAAUUCUCACACAUGCACAGCAUCUGACAGUUUUAUCAUAUUACAUCAAUAUUAUAAAUAUGAAUUUAAAAUCAAAGUGAUGAAACAUUUCCCAUAAUUUGUAAUCCUUAUAAAGUCACACCCCUUUAAUAGAAACUUGUGUAGUUAUAUGCGGCUUCUAUCAUGAAACUAUUUCUCCAAUUCCAGUUGACAUUUGCCUGUGACUGAGCUACAGUCAUGAUCAUCAUGCAGGACAUCGUCAUGUCUGGCAAGCUGUGAUUGGCUUCUUCCUCCUUUCCUUUCACCAAUGAAAAUUGUUCUAAAGUGGUCACUUUCUGUAGCAAGUCUUGAUAGCCCAAUUUCCUUUGUGCGCAGAGUGAAAGCCUUUGCACACCAAAUGCAAAUUUUCCAUGCAAUUUCUCGAUGCAUUCAACAUUUUGAAUUGAAACAAUGGAUUCCUAAUGAGCCAUUCUCACCUGGAGCGAACAUUUGUGCCGAAUCACGCAGUGACAAAGAGAAGGUUUUUUUUUUUACGGUGACUGUACGUUUCCACUGGUGUGGAAGAAAUUAGCUCAAAGCCGCUCACAACAGGAACAGCUUGCUCCGCGCCUGUGUCACCGUACAUUUCCACUGGUGCGUUGUGAAUGAGUGUUUUCAAUGCAUUCCUAUGGAAGCCGAGUGCCACGCUUGCGAGAUGGAUUGUGUGGCACACUUCCCAUACUACUUUCACUGCUUCAGCCACAUCGGUCUAUGGCAGAAACGGUAAGAGUAGUAUGUAGUGUGCCAUUUCAAACUCAGCCAUGAUUGUUUUCAGUUCACGGUCAAUAUAGUCAUUACAGUCAGAAUAAUGCAAACCUUUUUCCGAAAGCGCAAAGUAUAAAAACUGUGUUGAUUUAUUGUACUUUUUUAUCCAACUACUCACUUUUGCUUACCCAGCCACAGUAAUCACAGUGAAUGCAUGCAGUCAUCAUUUGAAGUCUGCUUGUGAUUAAAGCACUGAAUCCAGCAGAAGGUGCAGCAUUAUCUUCACAUGUAAAAGCGCUUAUGAGAGACGUCACUGCUUUCAGCUCAGUGAUUGGCUGUGCCCAGCGUUUUUCGUUCUGAGGAAUAAAAUGUUUUUUUUAUUUUGACGCUCUCAACUGCUCUCAUUGCUUUCUCCACACUGUUGUCAAUCCCACAAUCAACCUCGAGAGUGUGGCGCUCGACUUCAGUAGGAAUGAAUUGAAAACGCUCGCUCACAACGCGCCAGUGGAAACGUGCAGUGUGUCGAUUUUUUGACGCCCUGACCAAUAUGUAAGCUUUAGAUCACGUGUCAGAAGCCAUGGCAGUUACAAGAACCAGAGCAACUGGUGGCACUUAUGCACAGAAAUCUGUUUACCACCGAUAUUAAACGCUGAAGUAACUUGAGGAAGAAAUCCUGAACCAGCAGUGAGGAUGUGUAGUAUAUUUGAAUCAAAUGCCUAAAAUUAUCAUGUGUUCUCUUAAUAUGUAAAUGAUAUUGCUGCAUCACUGCCUUGCAUCCCCUUUAAAAAUGAUCUGAUCUUAUGUGGAUUGUCUUCGUAAUUUAUUCCAUGUAGCUGCAUUGUUUUGCUUUUGCAUUUAAUGUUACGUGAAAACCUAAAAUGGGUUGGCUGGGAUCAAGAGGAGUUUCAGCUUAAGGUGACAUUUCUUAAUCCAGGCCGAGAUCUCCGAGAGGCAGAGGCAAAGAUAUGAUUUGUAUUUUGAGCUGUCUGGUCAGAUUUGGUGCGAAAUUCCAGGCUUAUGUCAAUCAUCCUUUCAUCUAUAGGUCAUGUCCGUAAACGGAGAAAAGAUGUCACAGCUGUUGCAUGUUCCAUCGAGGGAACAAUGGAUGGAUGUUUAUGUGUUAACUGUUUGGCGAAGUUGUUUACAUGCCAAAAUGCUUGGAUAUAUUUUCUGGUAGGGUUGUUGAAGCUUACAUUGCUUGUCAUGCUUUUAGGAAUCAAACAUGUUUAUAAACCAAAUUAUUUAAAACCUCAUUCAUGGGUGUACAAUACCAGUUUAAACAUAGAUUUUGGUUAUAUCUACAAUUUGAGAGUGUGUAUAAAUGUUAAAAUGUUAAAUAUAACAACUAUUUUCAUCAUUUAAAAGUGUAUAAAUGAAUGGAUAUACAGUUGAAGUCUGAUGUUUAUGUACACCUUAGCCAAAUACAUUUAACUCAGUUUUUCACAAUACAUGACUUGUAAUUGUAGAAAACGUUCCCUGUCUUAGGUCAGUUAGGAUCACUAUUUUAUUUUAAGAAUGUGAAAUGUUAGAAUAAUAGUAGAGAGAAUUAUUUAUUUCAGCUUUUAUUUCAUUCAUCACAUUCCCAAGUUUACAUGCACUUUGUUAGUAUUUGGUAGCCUUGCCUUUAAAUUGUUUAACUUGGGUCAAAUGUUUUGGGUAGCCUCCAACAAGCUUCUCACAAUAAGUUGCUGGAAUUUUGGCCCAUUCUUCCAGAGAGAACUGGUCAGGUUUGUAGGCCUCCUUGCUCGCACACGCUUUUUCAGUUCUGCCCACAAAUAUUCUAUUGGAUUUAGGUCAGGCUUUGUGAUGGCCACUCCAAUACCUUGACUUUGUUGUCCUUAAGCCAUUUUGAAACAACUUUGGAGAUAUGCUUGGGGUAAUUGUCCAUUUGGAAGACCCAUUUGCGACCAAGUUUUAACUUCCUGGCUGAUGUCUUGAGAUGUUGCUUCAAUAUAGCCACAUAAUUGUCCUUGCUAAUGAUGCCAUCUAUUUUGUGAAGUGCACCAGUCCCUCCUGCAGCAAAGCACCCCCACAACAUGAUGCUGCCACCCCCAUGCUUCACGGUUGGGAUGGUGUUCUUCGGCUUGCAAGCCUUACCCGUUUUC